AUGGCAGCUCCAACAAACAACAUUAUCAAUUCCAUCCCUGGAUCGACACCUACCGCACCGGCGUAUCAAUAUAACGUUAAGAUGACUUGUGGAGGAUGUUCAGGUGCCGUUAAUAGGGUAUUAGGAAAGAAUAUCCAGGCUCCCAAUGCAUACCACAUUUCCCUUCCUACUCAGACCGUCUUGGUCUGGGGUCCAUCUCUCCCUCCCUUCGAUGAAGUCACUGCUAAAAUAGCAAAGACAGGUAAAGCUAUCAAUUCGCAAGAGGUGGUAGAGGACGCUACGAAGUUACCUUCCAUCGAGGCGUAA